GUAGGGCGCGUGGUCGAAACGAAUGACUCGCGCCCAUCCGCGUGCUGUGAGAUCCGUCGGCGCGGCGCGGCGCCUCGAGGUCUUGCGACACAACUUUCUUCUGACGGGAAGAGGAUGGCCCUGCCCCAGAAGCACCGCCGAGCCGCCGCCGACGGGACGGAGCACAGCUGAAAGUCAUCCUCAUUAUUUCUGCUUGUCGUUCUUCGGUUUUAGACGAAAAGAAAACAUGUUUGUAAUCUAGCUAAAGUUCCACAUGGACCAGAAGUGACACGUUCGUCAUCAUGGAGUCUGCCACACUGUUGCUGUUGGCCUGCCUAGCCUCUGCGCCCCCUGCCCGAGGAGUCAGUCAUUUGGUGAUAGCUCCACAGUCUCCAGUGCUCGAGAUUGGAACUAACUUCAUGGCUACAUGCAUGAUCUUCAACACAUCUGAAGUCACAGCAGACGACCUCGACUGGAAGCUGUCGGAGACUAUUAUACCCAAAGAGCAAUACACAAAGAUCAACAGCUCAGCUCUCAAUGUCACUAUCCGCAUCACCACUGAGAACUCCGAAUGGCUGUUUUGCCUCUGCAAGGAAAAGCCAGGCUAUGUUUCCCUGAAUAAAGGCAAAUUUAUUCAUGGGAUCUCCCUGAAGAAAGGCUAUCACCCAGGGAAGCCUGAGAAUCUGUCCUGUAUAGCACAUCAGGAUAAAACAGUCAUCUCUAAAAUCAUCAUGUGUAAGUGGGACCCAGUAGGACGUCAAACCACAGAUGUCCCAACAACGUACACCCUGAAUGUUAAAGUCAUCCCCAGCGGUGAGUUCAAGAAUGAAUCGACUAGUGAAAAUAGUACCCAAGUGGCUCUGGAGAUUUUCCCUGAUCAUUUGAAUAUGGAGAUCUGGGUGGAGGCACACAAUAUACUGGGAAGAAUAGAGUCUGAGCAUCUGAAAGAAGAUGCUGGCUGGUUUGUGAAAACGAACCCUCCAUCAAAUGUUAUAAUAAUUUCAGAGGAGAGUUUUCCCACCUCCCUUCUCAUAAACUGGACUCAUCCAAUAGCUGAACCAUAUUUGAAAUUAAUAUAUAAAAUCAGAUUCUGCCCACAAGGAUCUCAAAGUUGGACUGAUGUACCUCCUGCGGACACUGCCAAGGACAUACAGUCCUUCAGACUACAGAACCUUCAGCCAGACACCGUUUAUGUUGUUCAGGUGUCCUGCAAAAAUGCCAGAGAUCGCCAUGGUUACUGGAGCGACUGGAGUACCAAUGCAACCAAAAGAACACCAGAGGACAAACCUUCCAGUAAACCAGAAUUAUGGACAUUUGUUUCUGACGGUGGCAACAUAAAUGAACAACGAGUGCAGAUUAUUUGUAAGGAUCCUGUGUUCGCCAACGGAAAGAUAAACAGAUUUGAAAUGAAGAUUCAAGACCUAGAGGACAAAGGCAAGAAUGGGAGUUGGAAGUGGGAGAGUAUUCCAGUGAACAGCAGCUCUAGCCAGCACAUCCUGAAGGAGAUUCCCCUGGCUGACAAGAAGUCCAUCAAAGUGUACGUUAGCGCCUUUAAUUCUGCAGGACAGUCUCCCGAGGCAGUGUUAGUCAUCCCUGCGAAAGAGCUUGCCCCAGUGGAAGAACUGAAGGUGUGGCCCCAUGAAGGCCAGCUGCAGCUGGGAUGGAAACCCCCCAAAGGUCGACCCGUCUCAGAGUAUGUGGUGGAGUGGGUCAGUGGUGAUCAGAGAGACUGGCAGAGGGAAAACAGAAACACCAGGCACACUUUCAUUAAAGGUAAUCUCUUUCACUUCGUUUCGUUUGUCAACAUUUGUCCUGCAUGGGGGGCAGUGUGUGGUCAGCUUGGAUGUACGUAGUUACAAUGGACUGAGGUUUCAGUGUUAACAUUCAUAGAAACAAGUCGUUUGUUGCACUCUGAGAAACCGUCCUUCUGUCUUCAAGGACAGAGAGGGAAAUGUAACCAAAAGAUUGUCUGAAUCAAGUGUAGGGUUGUCACAAUACUAAAAUUUCAAACUCGACAUCGAUACCCAGAAAAAUAUUCGAUACAAAUACUUAAAGGCAUAAAAAAAAUUUUUUAUUAACAUGAAAAACACAAAAAAAGCUUUUUUAAUCUCAACAUGGAACAUGCUUUCCCAGCAGAACCACAGAUGCUAGUUAAAUAAUCCGAAAAGGUUUCCUGCUGACUUGGACUCGUAUUUUCGGUGCUUGUCAAACAGAAGUGGUAGAGUUGCUGUGCUUCUGUUUAGUUGUAGGUCGAGUUUUCUCUGCUUCACUCUGCAACUGUAAGAGAAAACAUUUGAGUAACAUUAGCCAGCUAAAGGCUGCUAGCCGCGGCUAAUGGCAAAUAAAAAAAACACAUUAAUUGAGCAGUAGCAUGCUAGCCACAGCUAAUGACCAACAAUCAACGUUAAUGUGGGCCAGUAAUAAGUUUAAUACAUUCAGUUAAAUGAAGAACGGGAGCUUUACUAACCUGUCAGAAUUCAUCAUGAAGGCUUGGGUGUCGCUCCUCCAGAUGUUUGGCCAAGUUAGUUGUGCAGCUCGACUUCGUUGCCACCGUGUUAAAGCACUGUUUGCACACAGGCUUGGCCUGAUCUUUCGGUUUCUCUUCUUCGUUUGCCUCGUAUUCAAAAUAUUUCCAAACAAGGCUUUUGCCUUUUUCAUUUUCCACCAAGACUGGCUGCUCUGGCCUUCCUGCAGCCCCACUGGCCAUACUGUCAGCAGAAAUGUGUCUCUGGCUGCCGGACGCUGCCUGUCGAGUGCGCGCACACUGUAGUAUUGAUACAUUGGCAAAUUACUAUUGUAUCAGAUACGCUGUUUGAGUAUUGAUACUUUUCGGAGUAUCAGUAUUUUUGACAACCCUAAUCAAGUGUUAGAAAGAGGAACUAACUUAAUGAUAUGCCCAGUUAGUCACCAACACCAAUGACCAGGCAAUAACUGAGCUAGGAUACAUUGGACGUGUUUGUGCAAACAGUAAUUCAAAAUGGGCUUUCACAAGGAAGUUGUACCAGUGUUCCUCAAAUCAAACAACAGAUUAAAAAUCAAUUUAAAAUUGAAUUAAAUGACAAAAAGAAAGAAACGAACGUGAACUGAGAAGGUCCAUGCUUGCAAUUCUUCUUUUUAAUGCCAUUAUCUCAGUCACAAGUUGAUUAUCACGUUAUCUCAAGAAAACAAAAGACAGGUUUGAUAAUAACCAGAUCAUGUAGGUAACAGAUGUCUUAAUCUUGGAGGUCCACAGAGACACACACAGACACAGUUCUUUGCACAACUUAAUUUACCUCCAAGGUGCAUGGAGGAGACAAAGUUGGGCCUGUGUCUGUUUUCACUGCAGUGGUGGUACAGUGCAUCCCAGAGGUAAUGCUGUUAACUGCAGCUUAGAGGAUCACAUUUCAGUUUGAGUGUAUUCUUUUUGAAUAGAAUUAAUAAACUAGAAAAUUCCCGCAGAAAUUUUGAGAGUGACGAGUGGGCUGUGGAGCAGCUAGCG